AUAAAAGAAUCGCAAUACACUAAACUUUCUACAUCCUUUAGAGGCAUUUCUAAUAAAUGUGCAAUAUAACUAGGACGAUUUUUUAAAUACCAUACAUGA